AUGUGCAGCUGCAACUCCUGUACAGGCGUGUCUGCACAUGGGAAAACCGUUCUGGCCGGUCGCGCAAGGUGUGCCGUGUCCCUGUCCUGCAGCGCUUUUGCAGCGACGUCUUGUUUACCGAAGCCCGGUAGAGCUCGAAGUCUGAUCAUGCGGCCUCGUGCUGCCGACAUGCGGCCUCGCCACCGCCGACCGGCUCCUCCACCGGACGAGUUCUGUCCCGAGGUUCCCUUGAUGUGGAAGCGACAGCUUCGCAAGGCUCCCAGACUUCCACGAUUGGACAAGAUGAGACUCACCACCGCCAGCGAGCGCUUGCUCCAGAGGAAGCGCUUGCCCAAGGGCCAAUGGUGGGAAUCGAUAGCUGCUCUGCUUCCUUCGGAAGCAGUUAGCGCUUCAACGCCUAUGCAGAAGCAGAUAUCAUCGAAAGCUAGUAGCGUCGGUGAUGACUCCUGCCGCUCUGACAUGCAAGCUGCAGUUGCAAGGUCUCUGCUAGCAGAUAUCAUGGUGGCACAGGCAGAAUCAGAAGGCAAUGACGCAGCAACGUGGACUGAUGUCGAUCUUGAUCUCAACUUUGGCGAUCUGCACUCGGCAGAUGUGAGCCACGUCGUUGCACAGGUGUUCGUAACACAGCUGACGACGCCUUCACCUGACAGUGGGAAACACUCCGCCGGCUCCGUUCGGGAACUGGCAAGGAGCCCAGAUGAUGGACUGCACUCCGAGAUUGCACAGGAGCUGGCCUACCAGAUCGUGGCCAGGCCAUCAACUCGCCAGAGCGAAACCGUGGAAGCUUCUCUUUCGGCUGUUUCCCCUGCCCUGGCUCUGGUGUCCUCGAUGGCACUCGACCGUGCAUGCAGUGCCGGCUCACAGAUCGCCUCAGAAGACGAGGGUGACGCUCGAAUUGCGCGAGAUGCGGUCACGAUCGCUGGUGAACCGCAUCAGAGACCGCCAAGAUUAUCUUCUUGGCAGCAUGAACUGUCUGAUGCGAACACUGAGUCAAUUGCAGCUCGAUCGGUUGCCAGGCAGGCAAUUGCUCCGCUUAUGCAUGAACUCAGAGGCUAUCGAGAACAUGAACCACAGAGUGCUGACUCGAGUCCUGGGGCCGCUGGGGACUUGGAGAUGGCAGCCCUCAUUCAGGACACGGUUGCUUCCACGAUGGCUCGUGGCAUCACCCUGACACCUGAACCGGCAAGCUUGCACGGUGGCGACGAAUCGCACCAUGACAGCAACCUGAACACAGAGUCACUGGUUGCGAACUCGAUUGUGCGGCAAGCUGUCCUGCCACACCUAGCUGAGUCUGCCGCCGGCAAUCCAGCACAAAGCAGUCACACAGCUGGUGUUGAAGAGGUUACAGGAGCAGAUGCCGUGGCAAGAGAUCUGGUGACCUCUGCAAGCAGGCAGCACGCGGAUGAGAGUCGGUCUGCCACUCCGCACUCACAUGCUGUGGUCUCGGAGAACACAGAGUCGCUGGUUGCGAACUCGAUUGCUCGGCAAGCGCUUCUUCCACAUCUUGCGGAUUCUGACAGUGGCACUCCAGCUGAGACAGUCAUGGGAGCAGCUCCAUCGGAGGGUGGUGACAGAGCACAUGCCGUGGCAAGAGAUCUAGUGACCUCUGCAAGCAGGCAGCACGCGGAUGAGAGUCGGUCUGCCACUCCGCACUCACAUGCUGUGGUCUCGGAGAACACAGAGUCGCUGGUUGCGAACUCGAUUGCUCGGCAAGCCCUUCUUCCACACCUUGCGGAUUCUGACAGUGGCACUCCAGCUGAGACAGUCAUGGGAGCAGCUCCAUCCGAGGGUGGCGACAGAGCACAUGCCGUGGCAAGAGAUCUAGUGACCUCUGCAAGCAGGCAACACGCGGAUGAGAGUCGGUCUGCCACUCCGCACUCACAUGCUGUGAUCUCGGAGAACACAGAGUCAAUAGUUGCGAACUCGAUUGCUCGGCAAGCCCUUCUUCCACAUCUUGCGGAUUCUGACAGUGGCACUCCAGCUGAGACAGUCAUGGGAGCAGCUCCAUCCGAGGGUGGCGACAGAGCACAUGCCGUGGCAAGAGAUCUAGUGACCUCUGCAAGCAGGCAACACGCGGAUGAGAAUCGGUCUGCCACUCCGCACUCACAUGCUGUGAUCUCGGAGAACACAGAGUCAAUAGUUGCGAACUCGAUUGCUCGGCAAGCGCUUCUUCCACAUCUUGCGGAUUCUGACAGUGGCACUCCAGCUGAGACAGUCAUGGGAGCAGCUCCAUCGGAGGGUGGCGACAGAGCACAUGCCGUGGCAAGAGAUCUAGUGACCUCUGCAAGCAGGCAGCACGCGGAUGAAAGUCGCUCUGCCACUCCGCACUCACAUGCUGUGGUCUCGGAGAACACAGAGUCGCUGGUUGCGAACUCGAUUGCUCGGCAAGCCCUUCUUCCACACCUUGCGGAUUCUGACAGUGGCACUCCAGCUCAGACAGCUGGUGUUGAAGAGGUCAUGGGAGCAGCUCCAUCGGAGGGUGGCGACAGAGCACAUGCCGUGGCAAGAGAUCUAGUGACCUCUGCAAGCAGGCAGCAGGCGGAUGAGAAUCCGUCUGCCACUCCGCACUCACAUGCUGUGGUCUCGGAGAACACAGAGUCACUGGUUGCGAACUCGAUUGCUCGGCAAGCCCUUCUUCCACACCUUGCGGCUUCUGACAGGGGCACUCCAGUUGAGACAGCUGGUGUUGAAGAGGUCAUCGGAGCAGCUCCAUCCGAGAUUGGGGACAGUGCACAUGCGGUGGCAAGAGAUCUAGUGAACUCUGCAAGCAGGCAACACGCGGAUGAGAGUCGGUCUGCCACUCCGCACUCACAUGCUGUGGUCUCGGAGAACACAGAGUCGCUGGUUGCGAACUCGAUUGCUCGGCAAGCCCUUCUUCCACACCUUGCGGAUUCUGACAGUGGCACUCCAGCUCAGACAGCUGGUGUUGAAGAGGUCAUGGGAGCAGCUCCAUCGGAGGGUGGCGACAGAGCACAUGCCGUGGCAAGAGAUCUAGUGAACUCUGCAAGCAGGCAGCAGGCGGAUGAGAGGCGGUCUGCCACUCCGCACUCACAUGCUGUGAUCUCGGAGAACACAGAGUCAAUAGUUGCGAACUCGAUUGCUAGGCAAGCGCUUCUUCCACAUCUUGCGGAUUCUGACAGUGGCACUCCAGCUCAGACAGCUGCUGUUGAAGAGGUCAUCGGAGCAGCUCCAUCUGAGGGUGGCUACAGUGCAGCUGCCAUAGCAAGAGAUCUAGUGACCUCUGCGAGCAGGCAGCAAGCAGAUGACAGUGAGGUCUACCCAGCAUCUGCUCCAUCAGUGCAUGACUGUGAGAAGCCAGAAGGGACUGCUCGCAUCGUUGCACGUGAUGCUGCUGAUCAGCUCGGACGCAACGUCGGCCAGUGGCAGCUGGGAAGCCCAAAGAAUGGCUUUGAGUCCAUGCGCGAGGCUGCGCAGGGACAAGUGCACUUGGAAGUGAUUCCACCCGUGUCCCCAAAGUCCCCAGCCUCAGCCGAAGAGCGCAUCGUGUGCCACGAGGUACUGCACGCACACAGGGAGUCUGGGAGGUCUCUGGCGGCAGAAGCCAUUGCGAGCCAGGAAGGUGCUUGCGACGCAAGUCCUGCUUCUGCUGCAGUUCUGUCAGAAGGAUCGGUGGAUGCCCGAUAUGUGGCACGAGAUGCAGUACACCCUUUCAUGCUGUGA